UCUGGUUCACACACAUCUGCUCUCUCAUGCUCUUCCUCUCUCCCUCUGUGGUGUGGUGGAGCAGCUAGCCUGUUUGCUCGCUCUCUCACUCUCUCAUUACAAGCUUGUAGUAGUGUGGUGAUGUGAAAGACAGAUGGUAAGCUUGGCAGGUAAUUAGGGGUUAAGGACAGUCAGCCUGGUUGCAGGGGAGAGGGGGGCCGUGUUGGUUAUUUUAGUAUUGCACCACGGGAUUGGAGGGCUCAGAGGGACUGGGAUUGUCUGGGUUAUACUGCUUGGCUGGACUGGGGCACUGGUGGGUUGCCAUGAGACAGAAGAACCAGGCUAAUACUGGUCUGCUGUACUGGGAGAGAAGUCUGGACUAUAUUAUUGAAAGAGUACUACUACUGCGAGACUGGAUUAUACAAAGACUGGACUGUAUUUUUUUUUUUUGAGCUGGAGUUUUUCUGGGCUGGACUGGGUGAGAAGUGUCUGGUACUGGACCUGGGAGAGUCAUUCUACAGGUACUGGAGACUGUAUGUGAGUGGGCUCUGUGGAGACUGGUAGAUGGACUAAAGGGGGAAGCAAGUGUUCUGGGAGAGACCUGCGUCUGGACCUGUGUUAUACUGGUAACAGUGGGAGGACUGGGAGAGACAAACUCGCUCAGUACCUGAUGAUCUGAGUCCCGAGGAGAGACGGGAGUUGGAGAGCAUCCACCGUAGGAAACAAGAACUACUGCAGGACAUACAGAGGCUGAAGGAUGAGAUAGCAGAGGUGACAAAUGAAAUUGACAAUCUAGGCAUUACCGACGAGAGAGCACCCUUGUCUGAGUGUGCCAGAGUGCAGAAUAACUGAUGAAUUUAAGAACGCGCAACACCAGCUGAAUAUGACCUGUGUCAGUAAAUGUGGGCAAAAAAGGAAAAGCAUGCAGAGAAACAAGCAGGUGUCCAUGGGGUGCAAGAAGUUUAACAUGGACCCAAAGAAGGGGAUCCGGUUUUUGAUUGACAGCGGUCUGCUGAAGAACACCAGCGAUGACAUCGCACAGUUCCUCUAUAAAGGGGAGGGGCUAAACAAGACCGCCAUCGGAGACUAUCUGGGGGAGAGAGAGGAUUUCAAUCUUGAGGUUCUACAAGCCUUUGUGGAGCUGCAUGAGUUUACUGACCUUAACCUGGUCCAGGCCCUCAGGCAGUUCCUGUGGAGUUUCCGGUUGCCAGGUGAAGCCCAGAAGAUCGAUCGCAUGAUUGAGGCUUUUGCCCAGAGAUACUGUCACUGUAACCCUGGCGUCUUCCAGCACAGCGAUACGUGUUAUGUGUUGUCGUUUGCUGUGAUCAUGCUGAACACCAGUCUCCAUAACCCCAAUGUGAAGGACAAACCCUCCCACCAGAGAUUCACCGCCAUGAACAGAGGAAUCAACGAUGGCGGAGACUUACCUGAGGACCUACUCAGGAACCUGUAUGAGAGUAUAAAGAACGAACCCUUUAAGAUCCCAGAGGAUGAUGGGAACGACCUCACACACACUUUCUUCAACCCCGACCGGGAGGGCUGGCUACUCAAACUAGGAGGAGGGCGUGUGAAGACGUGGAAGAGACGAUGGUUCAUCCUCACAGACAACUGCCUGUACUACUUUGAGUACACUACUGAUAAGGAGCCUAGGGGUAUCAUCCCUCUGGAGAAUCUUAGUAUUAGAGAGGUGGAUGACUCUAAGAAACCAAACUGUUUUGAGCUGUUCAUCCCGGACCACAGGGAUCAGGUGAUCAAGGCGUGUAAGACUGAGGCGGACGGACGCGUUGUCGAGGGCAACCACACCUUCUAUCGAAUCUCCGCCCCCACAGCCGAGGAGAAGGAAGAUUGGGUCACCAGCAUCAAAAAAGCCAUCAGCAGGGACCCCUUCUAUGAGAUGGUGGCAGCCCGGAAGAAGAAGGUGUCGGCUCUGACUAACCUGUAGGAAAGGCCCAGGCUCCAGCACUUCAGCAGGAGAAGCAGGCCUCACUCGACUCUAUGGCCCAGUGUCUAUGGACCUGAACUAAAGGACCUAUGGAAUUAUGUACAUAAGAAAGCAGAAUAUCCCCACAAUCUGAAAGGUAGAAGCUGUCAUCAUAUUGAUUACAUGUUGCUUUCUUCAGAUUCACAAACACUGGAGGGGAAGGAUUUUGAAGGGGCACGGGUUUAGGAUGGAGAUGAGGAUUGGACCUCCUUCAGCGCCCUCUACAGGAAGUUACAUCAUGCAAUAUUUUGUUUUGAUAUAAAAUGAACAGAGAAAGGUGCCAUUAACCUCUUUACAUAAAUCUCUUCUCAUAGUGCUGCCAUUACUACAGAGCAUCAUCUCUUUCUCAAUGAUUCCCAUAACAAACCACCACUGUUUCCUCUCUAGCCCUCUCUCUUUCUCCCCUUACAGGUCGAGAUGAUACUUUGUUGUUUGUUAAAUGUUUCCGGGCCAUAGGCCUGUCAGUGAUCCGGGGGUGAGAUAUGGGAGCUGAGUCGGCACAAUAGUUUAAAAAAAUACUGUCUCGGCUGAAAGCCUUGUUAUGCCAUCACUGUGUUAGUUCUGCUCUUAAUUUAGUUUUUUUGUUUUGAUACCUCUGUUACUACAACUGCACAGUCACGUGGAUGGAGGUGGUAUGGAGGGAGGGGAGAAAGAAAUAAAGAAGGGGAGAGGGAAACAAAGGAUCGUAAUAUAUCACUACUCAGGUUAAAAUAGUCUCUUAUUCUGAUAUUGUGACGAGUACUUUUGCAGAAGCAGCAGUAAGUUUGCAGGGAAGGAUAAAAUAUUAAGACCUUUUACAGUUAUUAUACAGUUGUAUGCUGUCUGUUACAAAUGUGUUCUGUCAUCAAUGACCCCUUUGGAGGGCUCUGUUUUUGUUUUUCAUUGGCAGAUAACUUCAUCAGCAAUUUUUUGGUUCACAAUGCACUGCUUAUGAUAUGUAAAUCAAGCUUGAAUUAUUUGUUUAUUUAUCAAUAAUACAUAAAAUGUCUUGUAAAGUUGUUUUGUAUCAUAAAGGUUUGUGCUUCUUUUUGCCAUCA